CAGUGACAGUUGUGCAAAAGAUUUCACUUAGUCCAAUACGCCUCAAAAUUAAAUCGCGUCGAACGCAAAGUGUUGUGUCGUGGAAAAAAAGCUAGUGGACGUGCCUUAAAUAUUUUCAAAUUUGUUUAUAAAAAGAUUCGUCGAACAAUUUAGAACAUUCAGUUGAGAGCGAUCCGCGGUGAACCAAACAAGUGGUCAAAAAAUCAAGAAAAAUAAAAGGAAAAUUUGUACCAAGACAAAUAAAAACAACUAAAACAUUGCACACACAUUUUGAAGAUAAUCAAAUAAAAAAAAAAAACAUCCCAAAAGAAGAAAGUGAAUGAUAAUGUCUUGUAAAUCACUUUGGUAUAUGAGCGGCGUGUUGGUGUUGAUCACAUUGAUGACGAUCACUCCACUCAUCCGGGCCGACAUUGAAAACAAUGAAGUCAGUGAUGCUCCCGAAUAUCAAAUGAUCCAAGGUGUCAAAGUGUAUCGUGGCGAUCGUGAGUGUGUUCUCGUUGGUGGUCUAUGUGUGCACAACAGCGAUUGCCUGGAAUCGACGACCAACAAAGGUCUCUGUCCAUCCAACCAGCAUUUGGGUGUUGAAUGCUGCUACGAACUGCCCAUCAGACCAGCACCCUGUCACCAGCAUUGGGGCGAGUGCAUGGAUCGUUGCCACAAGACUUUGCUGAGACCCGGCACCGAUUGCGAGAAUGGUCAGGUGUGCUGUGUUCUUGUUUGAAAACCGUCAGCUGGUGCAGAUGGCGCUGCUGCACAAACGAUGUUUACUGAAAUGGUGCUCAGGCGCAUACUAUUGUACAUCACUGUAUGCAUGUACAUGUGUCACAACUUCACCAAGUGUGGAUUGGAGCUUAACCAAAGCUUUAAAAAAUAAUUAUUUUUGAUACACCUAUUACUAGAAGUACUGAAAUCAUAAUUUUAGGCCUAACAUUCAUUUGUUGUUAUUUUUUUAUUUAUGCGAAUAUAUUUCCAAUAUAAACUGUUAUUUAUAAGUAUGUACAUACUAAGUAUAUGAGAAUCUAUUCAUUCUGUACAACGACAGCUUUUUUGUUUACAUUUUUCUGUUAUUUUUAUGUUUUUUUUUAUUAUUUUUGUUUUUAAUGAUUUUUAGGAAAAUAAAAACUGUGCUAAGUUAGUCACUAUUA